GCAACAGCUUCAACAGCAACAGCUUUUGCAACAACAACUCCAACAGCAGGCACAGCAACAACAACAGGUGCAGGUGGUGCAUCACCAGUCGCCACAACAUUCGCAGCACCACGUUCAGCAAGUCGCUGUAUCACAAGUUACUGUUCAACAACAUCAACAGCAACAAUUACAGCAACAGCACCAACAAACAGUUGAGGAAGAGGAGGAAGUCAGUCUGGUGGUAGGCCAGGUAUAUGAAGAUGAAAAUGGUCAGCCUGUUGUUAUUAAUGAGGACGGAACUGUGACGCCGGUAUCACUGCAGCAUGUCCAGUCUCAUGAAGGUGCCGAGUCCGCUGUAGAGGGUCAAACAGAGCAGGUGGACGCUUCAGGAAUGAUGGAAACCGCUAGCCAGGAAGCUACGACAACCGCCGCGUCAUCGCAGGCCACCACGAUAACAAGUACCACUACCGCAUCAACAAUAAUGCAGCAAUCCCAACUAGAACAAAAGGACAAACCUGAUGAGGAAAAUGUGGGAAAAGAGUGCCUGUUAUCAAAAGUUAUAAAGUCAAUUUUGUCAACUACAGAGGAAACGCCAUUCUACAAGGAGGGUGACAGCGAGGCUGAACCUGAAGACGAAGUACUUUUACAGCAGGGUGCCGCUCUUGAGCAGGCCAUUCUUGAGAGCGAUGAGAAUACCACCGAAGAGGCUCAGGGGCAGGAGGAAGGCGCGACGACCACCGCUACCGUGACCGCUGUCAUUGGUGAAGGCGAAGCGGCCGUAGCACUUGCGCUGUCCCCUGAUGCCAACGGCCAGAUGGUCAAGCAAAUCGUGCUUGCCGAUGGACACGUUUUAGGUACUUGCACUUCAAGCGGGGAACUCUCAUUGGGCGAAGGUGUGCAACUGCUGCAGCAGGAAGAUGGCCAGGCUCUACUUCAAUCAGCACAUAGCAACAUUCAAGUGCCACUGGACACGGUUCGAGUGCUAUUACACAUGGAGCAACAGAGCAUUCAGGAGGGUUAAAUCUGCUCAGACACUGCACUUAUUUGUGUUGAACUAUCUGAAAUGCAAACAAUUUGAAGACGUGCUCAUUGAUGAACACAAACGGUGGUAAAGACAUCCCGUACCCUUGUGGCUGCUUUGAUGUGUUUAGCAAAUGAGAAACGAACUGAUUGCUGGCAAGGAAUCGAUUUAUGAAUAGACAGACAGGCAUACCUAUAUACACAUAUAUUUUGUGAGAAGGUUUAACCAAGGGGCAUUGAGCCCUUGUUGCGGAUAAGAUAUAAGCCGCGGCAUACACCUAUGAUGUCUCUAUGUCCAGAUUAUAACUAUAUACACCUAGCGUCCUUAUGCAUGACAGCUAGUGCUGCUUUGGUACCCGGUAUAGUUUAACGAGCUUUUGAGUUGAUCCAUGAACCGUAAAAGUUACUGGACGAAGGUUUAUUAUUUUCUAUUAUAACUAUUAUUAGUGGUCCAGCAUUAUUAAUACUAUCAUUUAGUAGCUUUGUACAACAUUUUCGUGAUGGACAUGUGCGCCCAAAAUAGUAGUUGGUCCGUAGGAUAAAGAAAGGCAUCUUCUAGUAAAUAAAAAGACUGAAUUGUAAGAGACGACAUACGAAGCCCAAUUAGCAAUUGGCGCAAGCCAUUUCAAUGGCGUUAUGUAGAAAGACCUCUGCGAAAAACGAGCUCCAUAUUCAGCAGCAAUGGGGGAAACACGCCACAGAAAACGAGAAAACGCAGAAAUAACAAUAGCAACUGUACUAACAUACCAUAAAAUGAACUAUUAAAGAAAGUUUAAAGAUGUUUAAAUGUGUAUACAAAUGCAUUGUGACUAAGUUCGAUGAACUUAAUAAGUCAAGGCAGAAACCCGUUAUUUUAGAUAAUUAUCGCGACCGCGCUUACUAAUAUUCUCAUAAUGAAUCAUUAGUGUGUCAGGUUGAGAAGGAAUGAGAGCGCCAGACAUCUAGGGGAAAACUCAACAAAUUUCAUCUGUCCACGAGAAGCUCUCGGGAUAUUCAUUGUCACUCGGACUGCACUCGGGACAUUGAUAUGAUUUACUGUGUUUUCCUAACAUGUAAACAUCUAGGUCAUCAUCCUCUUAGGUAUUUUUCUCUCCACCGUCCUGCUACGCGAUGGUUGGCAAGAUUGCAAUCAUUAUUCCUCUAUAAACUUUUCUGAACGCAUCGGCAAAUUUCUGCCGAAUUUUCGGGAAAGCUUAAAAAAUUCGUGUUUUCCAAAGGACCCCAACCUGAUGGUACAAUGGAUUUUAUCAAAAAAAAAAAACGAAUUUUUCAAUGGAAUGGUCAGAAUAGUCGGCAAGACACUAAAAGCCUGCAACAUAUGUGUAUAUUUAAAGCGGCGCUAAUUAGCUGAUAGCAAAAUCAUUUGCUAAGUAAAAUUAGACUAGCCUGAUCUGGUAAUAUAAAGAUGCGACACGGUAUUGCAUAUUAUGAAAUAUCUAUCGAUCUUGAUUACCUGGUGGUUGUUUACUAGGGAAGCUUAGAUGCCUUAGUUAAGUAAAGUGUUAGUAACUACGAAAAGCCGCCGCAAGUGAUCUAGGGGAGAUGGACGUAUUAAUACGGCAUAAGAUCCGAUUUAGCAGUAAAGGUUAAAUCCAAAGAUUGUAUGCAUGUUCGUACCAUGAUGAUGAGGCCAGGCCCAAAAGGAAAUACGGAGAACAAUUAUUCAAACACGCUAGCAUAAGUACAUAUGCAAGCAUCACACCGAGACACGGAUAUACAGCUUUGUAUAAGGCGAGAUAUAUAUAUAUAUAUAUAUAUAUAUAUAUAUGUCCUGACAAAAAAUAUAAUAUACUAUGUACAUUACCGAAAAUUCAUUAUAAUAACUUGCUGUUUUAGACGGCAAAGCACUGUAUUUUAGAAUGUAACAAGAAAGGCUGCAUCAAUAAUAACAGUUAUUAUAAUAAAAAUGGAUAUCACCGAGUCAGUUAAUGUUA